GCCUUGAUCCCUGAACCUUUGAGUAACCCUCCUGGAGAACAGUAGGGGAACGAGAAAGGAAAUUUGAAAUACUGCCUUGUGAUUCUGAAUCAGCCUCUGGACAACAGUUUUCGGCAUCUUUGGAGCAAAGGAAAGCUCCUCUAUCGCCAUAGAAUGUGGAAACCCACAAAACCAGCCGUGAGUGGGACGUGUCCGUAAACAUCCAUGAAGCAGAGGGAAGAGUUACCACUGUUGCCUGUCACCGAGGGAGGGCUGUCUUCUGUCACACAAAGGAAACCAGGCCAGAAGGGAUAUCGGGGACACACAUGCAGUAAUGAAAGGAAGAGCGCUUUUGAGGGCCUGUGCGGAUGGAGGUGCCAACCGCCUGUAUGACGUCACCGGAGGCGAGCGGGAGAGCUUCUUGCCUGAAUUCAUCAAUGGAGACUUUGACUCUAUUAGACCUGAAGUUAGAGACUACUAUGCUGCUAAGGGAUGCGAGCUCAUUUCCACCCCGGAUCAAGACCACACCGACUUCACCAAGUGCCUGGAAGUGCUCCAGAAGAAGGUGGAAGAAGAAGACACACAGGUGGACGUGAUCGUGACGCUGGGAGGACUCGCGGGGCGUUUCGACCAGAUCAUGGCGUCCGUCAGCACCUUGUUCCAAGCGACCCGCAUCACUCGUUCACCAGUGGUGAUCAUCCAAGGGGAGUCGCUCAUCUACCUGCUCCAACCAGGAAGGCACAGACUGCAGGUAGACACCGGGCUGGAGGGUGACUGGUGUGGCCUCAUUCCUGUUGGACAGCCCUGCCGUCAGGUGACGACCACCGGCCUCAAGUGGAACCUGAGUUUCUGUUCUCCGACGAAGCACCAGGGCAGCCCUGACAGAGGGGAGUCAGCCAGGGCAGCCAGGUGGAGUCGCCUGGCUGGCAGGGUGCGGACUGAGGGGAGACCCGGCGCGGGGCUCUGACUGCACAGACCCCUGAAGUGUGUCCUGGCCAGAGGUAGGAGGUGCCUGUGCCUUCUUCCUUUAUCUGUGAGCUCACUGCCAGCGAGGACGGGGAAGUGUGGAUGACCUGCAGGGCCAGCCCCCUGAGGAAAAACUGUUCUACCACAUCUGGAUAUGUUUAUGGAUUCUCAUAGUAAGUGCCAGCAAAUGACCCUUUCUGUGACGUACAAGCUGGACAGGAUGAGUGCCUUGUCCUUUGCUUAGAUUUUGGAACAGUCAGGAGAGCAUCAUAACGUCCAACGGCAUGCCGUCGUUUGUCUAGGCCGGAUUUUCCAAUGAGAUGACUGAGACCCAGGAUGACACCCACAAACCACACAGCCCCCCGGCUGAGAGCCGAUCUGGAAGUCUGAUGUCAGCAUUCCUAGCACAGGCUUCCCCCCGUCACCUUCACGACUG